UUGAACAACACACGUGCGAUACAUAUGUCACGCUGACAAGAGUACAAAGUUAGAAAAAGUUAGAAACAUAAGCAGAGCACGGGAAACGCACUCGUUUCCCAUUUGUGUUGUAAGCUUCAAUAAAUUGACAUCUGAUUGAUCGUAAUUUAGUAACUAACCUUGGCAAGGCAAGCGAUUAAAUUCCAAAAUGAGUGACGACUACUUAAGGAAACCGUUUUCAUUAGCUCCCUCACCAGCCGUUGACGACACACAGACAACGGCAACAACCUACACACCGGCUGCGAGCACAUUCAGUAGUGCUCCCGUCUCGCCAUACCUCAACUAUGAUUCACGAUUCCUGCAACAGGCGCAGCCAGAAUUUAUAUUUCCUGAGGGCGCCAACAAGCAGCGUGGACGCUUUGAGUUGGCCUUUUCACAAAUUGGCACAUCUGUGAUGAUUGGCGGUGGCAUUGGCGGUUUGGCGGGGGUCUACAAUGGCAUUAAAGUUACUAAUGCGCUCAAUCAGACGGGGAAGCUGCGUCGUACCCAAUUAAUCAAUCACGUCAUGAAACAGGGAUCCGGUACAGCGAAUACAUUAGGUACGUUGGCUGUGCUGUACUCGGCGUGUGGUGUGUUGCUGCAGUAUGUUCGGGAUCAGGAUGAUAAUAUAAACACCAUCAUAGCCGGUUCUGCCACAGGCCUGCUCUACAAAUCCACAGCUGGCCUGCGAAAGUGUGCUCUGGGUGGAGCUAUUGGAUUGGGUAUAUCAUCGCUCUAUUGCUUAUACCUGUUGGCGCAAGAGAGCAACAACACAAACUCAAAUCCAAAAUUCCUGUAGGUGCGACGGCGGCGUAGUCCUUAGUAAAAGUGAAUAGCUAUAGCUGCCAACCUAACUGUGGCUUAUGGCAGAAAUGUGUACACAUGAGUGCUUGUGUAGGAAUCGCUUCGCAGCGCUUAACCGUCAAAUAUAUAGUUUUGUUUUAUAUUA